AUGAAUGAUGUGUCUUAUUAUGUGUUAUUGCCUUAAAUUCUUCGAAUAUCGAAUAAUUCAGCUGCAGGAAUGGCUAAUCUACCCUCCCGUGGAAUCUAUUAUUAGUCUUGUAUCUUCUUGUAUCUGCCUUAUGCGUACUUCACACCGGUUGGUUCAAUAUAGCUGGAAACGUUCUUUAUAUCGGUCAAAAAGUACGACAGAAAAAAAAAAUAAAAAAUUGUCGACUUUCACAAUGUAACUAUACUUGUUGAUGAUUAAUUACUGGACUUUUAGGUUAUUAUUAUUAUUUGAGACGUUUUAUUUUAAAGGUGGCACAAGUGAUGAAAAAUGGCGUCCGUGCGAAAUUAUUUGUAUUGAGAGAAGUACAAGUAUCCGAGAUAACAAAUGCAAACAAAUCUCCCCGAAAGUUGGCAUCAGUUUUUCUAGGCACGUUAAAACCUAAACGUCUUGAUUUUAAGCACAGAGUGAAAGUUGUGCCACUUUCAAAACAAACGGCUCAUUUUUAAAAUUGGAUUAUUAAGAGCAGUUAUCGAAGGCCAACAAAUGCAAACAAGAAUGUAAAAAUCGAUAAAAUCGAUUUCGAGUGAUCCGAGGAAUCUGUGAUUCGAUAACAUUUAUCUUAUCAUGUUACUAAUGUAUACUAAUGUAGUAAUCAACAGUAAUGUGUACUAUCGGAUUAACAAAUCCG